AUGGCAUACGAUGGUUCGUGCCUACCCGACGACGUCCUCGUGCAGAUCCUGUUGCUCAUCCCGGCCAGCUCGCGGCGGCCGCUCCGGCUCGUCUGCAAGGGGUGGCGCAAUGUCAUCGACGAGCGCGCGCCGCCGGAGGAGAACCUCCCCCGAAAGAUCCUCGUCUUCAUGAACCAGGGCCGCAGCUGCAGCGCCCUCGUCUUCGACGGCAGCGGCCGGCACCGCACGCACGCGUGGGCCUUCACGAGCUCCAGCGACGAAGGCCGCGUCCACAUGGUCGGCACCUGCAACGGCCUGCUCUGCCUGCACGACCACACCACCUACGGCGGCAUCAGCUUAUCCGCCGUCAUGGUGACGAACCCGGUCACCGGCGAGACGGUGGCGCUCCCGCCGGUGCCGACGCGGUGGGCGUGGUCGCAGUUCGCCAAGGGGCCCGGCAAGUACAGCUUCGGGUUCCACCCGGAGACGAAGCUGCACAAGGUCGUGCACAUCCCGCGCGGGCAGCGGAGAUCCGUCGACGCCGUGCAGGUGUUCACCCUUGGCGCCGGCGGCAAGGCCUGGCGAGAGGUGCCGGUGCCCGUCCCGAGCGCGUGCUACGACCUCCUCUGCUAG